CCAUGAUGCUGUCUUACUAGUCAAGACUGUAGUAGUAACAUUUUCCACAGAGCCAACUACCAAAGCUGAGACUCAAGAUUAUCUUUUUCAAAGAAUCAAAUCUAUUCUAGGAAAUCUAGAAAAAGCCUGA